AUUACUCUUUCCUGUAUAUCUGAAGAAUUUAAUUUAAGGAUUUCAUAUUUCAGAGUUCCAUUUCAUGUAACAGCAGCAACCGGUUCCUCUCCUGGAUUCGGGGCCCAUAUUCUCCCCCAAAUCUCUCUCUCUCUCCACUACCCUCAUCUUUAUACCGCCAUUGUCACACCAUUCCUUCCAUUCAUUUCCUUCACAAUCCCAACUAUAUAUAUGUAUAUGCAUAGCAACAUAGAUACAUUGUGACCCACUAUAUCACAAUCGCAGCACUACUUCAGUGAUACUACUGAUAAAUGGCUCGUGUCAAGUUGGGAUCGAAAUCAGAUGUUUUUCACCUGGAUGGCCAAGUCUGGCUCUGCUCCACUGGCCUUCCAAGUGAUGCUAUUAUUGAAGUCGGAGAAACAUCCUUUCAUCUCCAUAAGUUUCCUUUGCUGUCCAGAAGCAGUGUGUUAGAAAAACUUAUUAGAGAAUUUUAUGACGGGGAUGAAAAAAAAUAUGAGGAUAAGAAGUGUGUUUUACAACUUCAUGACAUACCUGGAGGAGCCAAAACCUUUUUGCUUGUAGCAAAGUUCUGUUAUGGUGUUAAAAUUGAACUCACUGCAUUAAAUGUAGUCGGUUUGAGGUGUGCGGCUGAGUAUCUUCAAAUGAAUGAAGACUACGGAGAGAAAAACCUCAUUGCACAAACAGAAAGUUUAUUCGAUGAAGUCUUUGGCAACUGGGCAGACACAAUAAAUGCUCUUGAAACCUGUGAAGAGGUUCUUCCACAUGCAGAAGAGCUUCAUAUUGUUUCCAGAUGUAUCGAUUCUUUGGCAAUAAAAGCUUGUGCAGAUCCAAGUUUGUUCAAUUGGCCUGUCUCCGGAUGCAAUUCCAUGCCACAUCCUGUGCAUGAAGAUUGGUGGUAUGAGGAUGUGUCAUUCCUUACAUUACAUCUAUUUAAAAGGUUGAUUCUUAUUAUUGGAUCAAGAGGCAUGAAACCUGAUACGAUCGCCAGGUCCGUUUUGUUUUAUGCAAAGAAGCAUCUCCCCUUGAUGGGCAGGCAAUCAAGCUUUGAUAAUGGAAAUCACGCUGCCUCUGGAUCAAAUCUCUCUGUUCCAUCCAAUACAGAUCAAAGGACUCUCCUUGAAGAGAUAGUGACCUUAUUACCUGAUGAAAAGGGUAUCACACCAACUAAGCUCCUGCUUAGGCUUCUUCGAACAUCCAUGAUCUUAAAUGCCAGCCGAUCAUGUCAAGAGAGUUUAGAAAAGCGGGUCGGAGCCCAGUUGAAUGAAGCGGUUCUGGAAGAUCUUCUAAUUCCAAAUAUAGGCUACUCAAUGGAGACCCUUUACGAUGUUGAUUGUGUUCAGCGGAUCCUCGAUCACUUCAUGCUGGUGGGCCACGAUACAGCUGAUUCUACAUCAAAUGGUGCAGUGGAUGAAGGGCAGUUGAUGGAAGGCUCGCACUCGCUGACCCCAAUGACAAUGGUGGCUACUCUGCUAGACAGCUAUCUGGCUGAGGUGGCACCUGAUGUUACUUUGAAGUUACCUAAGUUUUUCUCGCUCGCUGCAGUGAUCCCUGACUAUGCCAGACCAUUAGAUGAUGGAAUUUACCGCGCUAUUGAUAGAUACCUCAAGGCACAUCCAUGGCUGACAGACUCUGAAAGGGAACAAAUCUGCAGGCUCAUGGACUGCCAAAAGCUCUCAUUGGAAGCCAGCACCCACGCAGCCCAAAACGAGCGCCUACCCCUCCGAGUCAUCGUCCAAGUUCUCUUUUUUGAACAGCUUCGGCUCCGCACAUCCGUUGCUGGUUGGUUCUUUGUUUCUGACAAUCUUGAGAACUCACAAAAUCAGAGUGGGAACAUUUCGCUCCCUAGAAAUGACCAUUCUGCCCAAGAAGGAUGUGGAGAAGAUGGCGCUAUUGCUGUUGAUGACGUGAGAGAGCGGGUUUUUGAGCUUGAAAAGGAGUGCUCGAGUAUGAAACAAGAGAUCGAAACGCUUGUGAAGACGAAGGGGAGUUGGAACAGCUUCUGCAGAAGGUUUGGUAUUAAUAGAAAGUUGAAGUCUGGUGAAGAGAAAGAAAAAGCUUCAUCAAAGCCUUGCAAUGUGAAAGUGUCACCACCAUCAACAAAAUCACUUCAGAAUGGAAAUCAAAAUCUUGGCAAGGAUGAAUUGGGUGAUUGAAUUUUGGAAACACCAAGCAAAGCAAAGAAAUUUUGGUUCAUUCUCUCUUAGAAAUGACAAUUUUCUCUUGUUUCCCUUUGCCUCCGCAUCGCCCGCCCUCCUCACAUGGGUUUUUCGUGCACUGAUAAAGAAGCAGGAUGGGUUUUCCUUCUCCCGCCCGUUCUACCCGUCUUGAUUAUAUUUAAUAAAUCUCUCUGAAAAAACUAGCUAGUGGCAACUUGGAUGUUUUUGAUUACCUGAUGCUGUGAAUAUAUUUAUUUACACAUUAUUAGAUUGUAGUUGAGCGCUCUGUGUUUGUGUUCUCCUAUGAUGCUUCGAUAUUUUUAGCUGGUCAAUCUCGGUUCUCUUAUCAAGUUGCAUGUUGUCAUUUGCAGAAAUUUUAUGAGAGAAUGAUGCGGUUGGAUUAAUACUUUUCA